CGUUUUUAAAUGGCGGGAGGAGAAAUGUGACUUUGUGCUCAGCCGGUUCGCUCUGUGGUGCGUAAUUGAUUCGGGGAGAAUCUGGAGCUGCAGCACUCAUUUUAGCACAGUCAAAAUCCUCCAGAGAGUCCCCAGGGAGGGGAAGGCUGCUGCUUUUGAACUUCCUCCCUGUGUUGCUUCAGGGAGUCCUGUACACCAGCCAAGCAGUGUCCCCACCUCCAUAAAAAUAAUGGAAGACAAACGCAAGAAGCGGAGCCCGAAGGUGUCUCUUCCCCAGCCCCCUCCUCCCCCCAUCAACCCCCGCAAACUCACCGUCCUGCCUGCCAGCAAAAGUGCCACCUUCUCUCUUGGCCUGCCACAGCCCCCCUCCCCCAAGAACAGAGGCAAGUGCAAGAGAUCUAUCGGAGCGCCAGGACAGCCCAAAGAGGUGUUUACAGUCGUCGUACCUCCACCAAAGAACACCAGGCCCCACAAGGAGAAGCCCAGGGCCCCACAGCCUGCAGGGCCCAGUAAAGUAGUCCAGUCUUCCCCCCUGCAGCACUCCUUUCUCACAGAUGUCUCAGAUGUGAGAGAGAUGGAGGGAGGCCUCCUCAAUCUUCUCAACGACUUCCACUCAGGCAAACUACAGGCUUUUGGUAAGGUGUGCUCCUUUGAGCAACUGGAGCAUGUGCGUGAGAUGCAGGAGAAGUUGGCACGACUGCACUUUAGCCUCGACAGCCACGUGGAGGAACUAUCAGAGGACCAGAGGAAGUGUGCCUCCGACCACAACCUGGAGCACCUGCUCUGUAACCUGGAGGAGCUCAGCACCUCAAUACAAAAGCUCCACUUGGCUGAGAACCAGGACCUGCCCAAGACAUCUGGUCCCUGACAAAGCGAGGUGUGGAGGAUGGCGACCAAACACUCAUCUUCUCCCAACAUCUAACCAGACCAGGUUGCCAUGGUAUUGAUCCAGCUGCCUUAGUAACAGAAUGGAAAAGAUCUAGAGGAGGAGGAGGAGCUAUUUUUCCAUUUGGUCAUUGUAGCAGAGGGAACAUAGUGACUCAAAGCAGCAGCCAGAGCAUUAAAUGAACACUAAAAACCAUAAAGCCCUCAUUCAUGGCACAAGAAAUGAUCAGAAGGUUUAGAUAAAAUAUGUUGUGUCUAAGUUAUCAGCAUGUUCUUGGUAUCAACUAACUUGGCUCCAGUUACUAGUUACAUCAUUGGCCACAAAUAAUUAAAUCCAGGUGUAAUCUUUGGUUCUCUAUUUGUGUUUUCAAUUUUCAUCACAAAAAGCCAAUUUCAUGACAGUUUAAGAAGUUGUGCUGAUUUCAAAGUAUGCCUUGUCUAUUGCAUCGUUUCCGAAGGUAUGUGUAUCUGUUAGCAAAUUUGGGCCAUACUUAAGUAGCAAACAUGUUUAGCCCUUGUCGACAACACCACUGUGGUUAGCUUAGAAUUCUAAAGGGGAGUUUACACUUUUGCUAUUAUUGUGAAUAAGCAUUUUUCUAGCUUUGCUUUUGAAGUUUAAAACUGGAAAGCAGACUGGAUGUAGUUAAAGUUGGGUGAAUCUUUUGAUAUAACUGCAUUUGAUGUGAGAAGUUACAAAAUGUAUGUUUGAUGAACUUACAAGUACAAUGGUUAGUUUUUGCCAAUGUGCAGUCCAGCUACUGUAUUUGUUGACACUGAUGGGAUAGAUUGUGACAGUGCUUUAUCAGGGUUGCCUUUAGGCUUUGUUUUUGUGGAUGAUGGCUGGCCCAGUAGCAGCAUCCCUCCCAGCACAAGCUAGUCAACCUAACUACUGAAAUGCUGUAAAAUCACCUACUGUAACAUGGAGGUCACAGGGAGUCUGAUACGACAAGACCUUCACUUGUCUCUCGUGAUACUGUGCUGGACAGCCCGUUUUCAGAGUAAUACAGCUGGCAUAAAUCUGUACAGUACAACUUAAAAGUGGCAGCUACUUUUAUAGUUUAAACAUUUAGGAGGUAAGAUUCUGAUGCGCAUUGUAUUUAAUUCCAAACUUGGCAGCGGACCUUUGCCAUAAUAUUUUAUCCCUGACAAGCAAGUUGAUAAUGUGAUUAUGUUUUUCAAUCUGAAACUUCAAAGCAUGUCGAAUCAUUGGUGCAUUUGGUUAUUAAAAAUGUAAUACGAGACUUUUUUUAUACUGCUUUCUAAGCCUACCUCUUUUCUAAGGGCAUGGUCCAGAUAGCCUCUAAAGUCACAUAUUACAUUUCUAAUUCUGAUACCACAUCAGAGAUCCUCUUCAGUCAGCAAUUUUCUGUUAUUUUACAUAUUAAGAGCAUUACAUCUAAAAUGGGCACGGUCAAAACAACAUAAAACCUGUUCAGUGUGUAUUCAGUUCCUAGUCAUUAAUUAAAGUAAAUUAUGUAACUUAAAAGGCAUAGAAUGUGUGUUUCUUGGAUAAAAUGUAACUUAAAGGUGCUCUAAGCGAUGUCACACGUUUUUUUUAGGCUACAACAUUUUUUGUCACAUCCAGCAAACAUGUCCUCACUAUCCGCGAGAACAGACUGUAAAAAAAAACGCGGACUCUGUAGACAGCCCAGGCUCUACAAACGGCAACAAAAACAAUCAGUGCUAACCUGCACCACGAAACACACAAACCGUGGUCCAGCGUUGCAGUCAAUAACCGACAAGGAGUUUGGGGUGGGGGUUUGUGUACCGAAGGGAGGGGGAGGAGGCGGGAUGAGGAGAGAGGAACGAGUUUAAUCUCGUUUUGUUUGAAAAUACCUCAAACAUCAACAAGAAGUGCCGUCACCCAACAUUGCUUAGAGCACCUUUAACAAAUGUGGUCAAAGCCCGUCAAAAUCCUUUUUCCAAUACAAUUAACAUUUGAAUGAAGCACCUGGAAGUUGGUUUUACAGAAAUAAAACACUUUAUUUAUAUAU